AUGGAUCAGGAUGUAACCCCGACUGGCCGAAAGCGAUCGAUAGACGACAUUGAAAAUAAUAUAAUACCCGAGACGCUCCCCGUCAAGAGGAGAAAGUUGGUUGAUGCAGCAGCUGGCUCACCCUCGACCCCCAAAGCCCUUACAGCCAUUGCCUCAGCCAUCUCGGGCGUUUUUGGAUCCGGCCGCCAGUCUCAAAAAGAGGUCAAUGGCACCGAACCAUCUUUGACAACUAUUUCAACCGAACCUAAGCCUCUACUCAGCGCCAACAAGAAUGGCCUUUUGCUCAACCCAGCUGCUCCUGCUGCUCCAGCUUUGUCACCAAUGAAACGCCCCGCCAUCAAGAUAGCAGCAUUGAGAGGAACAAUAUGGGACAAUGGCGAUCUUCCCGAAACAAAGAAAUGUACUGUUCCAAAGCGCCCAGCCAAGCAAGCCGGGGUAGGAAAUAGCUAUCAGGGUCCAUUACCGCCCGCGUCUGUUUACCAGCCCAAAGAGGUGAUAGCAUUCGCCCGGAAGCCGGGCUCUACCGCUGGCAACAAAGCACAACAGCCAAAGGGCAUUCUCACACCAACUAAGAAACGAGGCCGACCACGCAAAAACGUCACCUUUAACAGGGGUGCCGAUGGCGAAGUCUUCUUUGAUGAUCUACCCAAGACACCGAGCGCAAGAAAACCAAAAGCCAAAGCACAAAAGGAACAGCAAGAGGAUGACGGAAUUGUCUGCGAGAUAUGUUACAAACCGGACUCAGUAGCGCCAAACGAGAUUAUACUUUGCGAUAAUUGCGAUUUUGCCGUACAUCAGCAAUGCUACGAUAUCGCAGAGAUCCCCGAGGGCGACUGGUUGUGCAAAUCUUGCUCUCAGGAAGAUGUGCUCAAGACCCCAGGCGAGCCCAACCAGGUAGAAGCCAAAAUGAACGAACCUUCAUAUCCGGUCGAGGUGCCCGACAUACCGAACCUGGAUCAGCAUCUGCGAGGGUUUCAGCGUGUGCUCUUGGACCGAUGCUCAGGACGGCGUCGCAUACGGAUGUUCGGACAGGAGGAGCCGUAUGAGAAGGUCAGGCAGCUUGUUGAACAAACUGUUGUGGCGGGAGAGGGCAACUCAAUGUUGGUCAUUGGACCACGUGGCUCUGGCAAGACGACGUUGGUGGAAAACAUCAUAGUUGAUCUAUCAAAGGAACAUGGGCAUGAGUUUCACGUAGUACGGCUUAAUGGAUUCAUCCACACUGAUGACAAGUUGGCCCUGAAGGAAAUCUGGCGACAGCUUGGAAAGGAGAUGGAGGUCGAAGACGACCUACUGAACCGGGCAAACUACGCAGAUACGAUGGCAUCGCUUCUGGCUUUACUCUCGCACCCAUCCGAAAUUAUGGGCACCGACGAAAACCUUACGUCUCAAUCGGUGGUAUUCAUCAUUGACGAGUUUGACAUGUUUGCGUCCCAUCCCAGACAGACCCUAUUGUAUAAUCUUUACGACAUUGCACAAUCUCGCAAGGCCCCGAUUGCCGUCCUGGGUUGCACCACUCGUAUUGGUGUAGUGGAUAUGCUUGAGAAGAGAGUCAAGAGUCGCUUUAGCCACCGCUACGUGUAUCUCGCUCCACCCAAAUCUCUGCCGGCAUUCUGGCAGAUUUGUCGCCAAGGCCUUAUGAUUGACAAACCUGAUGUCGAGGGCGAAGAGGUCAGGCUGACAGACUUGCAGGAGCUCUACAAGCAACGGCAAUUCCAACAGUUGUUACAAUAUCAUUACUUUACAACAAAGUCUGCGGCGGCGUUCUUUACGGAAUGGAUAUCGCCUCUUGCUUCGCUCUCGUCAAGGAACCUUGCAAUGAACAGCCCGACUGCAUCGUCACCGACGACUUCGUUGGCUCCCCCGGACUCACGGCUGCAAUUGUUGUCCACCUUGUCGUAUCUUGAGCUGGGACUACUCAUCGCCGCGGCGAGAUUAGACAUUGUGGCGCACACGGACACGGUCAAUUUCGCCAUGGCAUACGACGAGUACAGCUCGCUGGUUGGCAAACAACGGGUCCAAUCGUCGACUGCGGGGAUGCUGGCCAUGGGCGGCAGCGCGAGGGUAUGGAGCCGUGGUGUUGCAGGAGUGGCAUGGGAGAGGUUAAUUGCACUGGGAUUGUUGGUGCCUGCUGGAAUCGGCGGCAGCAGGUCCCUUGGACACGGAGGGCUGGACAGCAAAAUGUGGAAAGUUGAUGUUGUGCUGGAGGAGAUUCCGACAGCAGUCAAGCUGAGCGCGACGCUGGCAAGAUGGUGCCGGGAGAUAUGA